AUGCAAACUACUUCAAAAGAAGCUCGAAUCAAUUUAGCUAUUAAGGCUAUUCGUACAUCUCAAAAUUUGAGUAUUCGGAAAGCUGCAAAACUCUAUAAUAUACCUCAUACUACCCUUACCUCUAGAAUGAAUGGAAUUCUGCCUUUUACUGAACAUCGAUCAGCAAAUCAUAAAAUGACAGAAUUGGAGGAGAAAUCGCUUCUUCAAUAUAUAUUGGAUAUAGAUGAAAGAGGGUUUAGUCCUCGAAUAACUUUCUGCGAAGAUUCAGAGUUUAUUGAAAGAUGGUUUCGAUUGGUAUCAAAUAUGCAGGCCAAAUAUAGUAUUCUGGACUGCGAUUUCUACAACUUUGAUGAGACAGGCUUUAUAAUGGGACAAAUAUCACUACAUAUAAUAGUUACUAAAGCUGAUCGAUAUGGAAAAAGCAAAGCUAUACAAUUAGGCAAUCGAGAAUGGGCUAUAACGAUUAUUUGUAUUGAUGGAGAAGGUUAUAAUAUACCUCUGUUUUUGAUAGUAAAAGGCGAAUACCAUCUUUCAAAUCGGUAUACCGAAGCUCUUUCUCAAUCUACUUUAAUGAAAAGUCGUAUUGCUCAAUAUCAAGGGAGCUCACCUACUCCAAUAUUUAAAACAGUUGCAGCUUUAGUUAAAGAUACAGAGCUCUUAGUUCAUGUGAAUACGCUUUUAGCUGCUGAGGUUCAUAGUCUUCGCAAAGCAAAUGAAGCACUUAAACAAGAGAAUGUAGAAGAUCAGAUACGAUAUGAUGAAUUUACAAAUGAUGAUUCUUCAGCAAGGAGUAUUGUUGUAAUUUUAUUUCAAUGGAAUGUGGGCAAUUGA